GCGUGAGAGCGAGGGCGGGGGCUGGCUGGCUGGCGGAGGAGGCUUAGCCGCAGCGGCGGGCUGAGGAGGCAGCAGCAGUAGUAAUAGGCGGCAGCAGCCCCAGCAAGCGGCGGCACGGAUGGCUCCUGCGGGCGGUGGCGGCUCUACGGCGAGGAAGAUGGCGCCGUCGCACGUCCUCAAGUGCUGCCAGAGGGUGCUCGCAUGGGUGCCCGUGGCCUUCAUCGCCCUGGUCGUGGCCUGGUCUUAUUACGCCUACGUGGUGGAGCUGUGUGUGUUUACAAUUACCUCUACUGGAGAAAAAGUUGUCUACCUUGUGAUUUUUCAUCUGUCGUUUGUCAUGUUUGUGUGGUCCUAUUGGAAGACAAUUUUUACAUCUCCCGCCUCCCCUUCCAAUGAGUUCUGUUUAUCCAAAUCAGAUAAAGAGCAAUAUGAAAAGGAAGAAAGACCAGAAUCCCAACAGGAAAUUCUGAAAAGAGCUGCUAAAGACCUUCCCAUUUAUACCACAACAGCAUCAAGAGCCAUAAGAUACUGUGAUAGAUGCCAACUAAUCAAGCCUGAUCGAUGUCACCACUGCUCAGCCUGUGACCUGUGUGUAUUGAAAAUGGAUCAUCACUGUCCUUGGGUGAAUAACUGCGUGGGAUUUUCUAACUACAAGUUUUUCCUCUUGUUUUUAUUUUACUCCCUCCUGUACUGUCUGUUUGUUGCUGCUACAGUUCUGCAGUAUUUCAUAAAGUUUUGGACACUUUGCCGCAGGAAAUCUGCUGAGAAUUGUCCAAAGAAUGAAUUGCUGGACACACGGGCAAAAUUCCAUGUCCUCUUCCUUUUCUUUGUGGCUGCUAUGUUUUUCAUCAGCAUACUGUCACUUUUUAGCUACCACUGCUGGCUGGUUGGCAAAAACAGAUCAACAAUAGAAGCUUUCCGGGCACCCAUGUUUCGAAAUGGACCGGAUAAAGAUGGCUUCUCUCUUGGAUGCAGUAAAAACCUGAGAGAAGUUUUUGGAGAUGAAAAAAAAUAUUGGUUGUUGCCUGUUUUUACAAGCUUAGGAGAUGGCAGUAACUUCCCAACACGCUUAGUGAAUAUGGAUCCAGAGCAGCUUACCGUCUCAAGCCAAAAUGAGUCUGCCAAAAGCUCUGGUCCCAGCCAGCCAUUUCCCACUAGGCCACUCAGCGAAUCCCAGAAUCGAUUGCUAGCCAAUGAAAAUCAGUGGCCAGAAGGCAGCUCAGAAGAAGAAAAUGUUAAAUCAGAUGUUAAAAAGCAUAUUAUAGUUACAUUGGAAAGCUGAUCCUGGUUUCCAUAUCCAACCCUCAUAAGAGGGGAAAAU